AUGCGCGGAAUCACUGCCUACUCGCUCUACGUUCUUGCCCUCUCGCUGGCGGUUCAGCAGUCUGCUGUCGUCGCGCAGGAACUCGAGAUCGAGGAGACCUUCGCUGAGGACGAGCCCGCUGCUCCCCAGGCCGCGAUCGCCCAUCCGGUCUUUGAGCCCUACGCCGAGAAAGUCUCUCCCGGCGCCUUCUUCGAGCAGUUCACCGACGGCUGGCGCGAGCGCUGGAAGGCCUCCAACGCCAAGAAGGAGACGCCCGCCGGCGGCGACGAGGAGUUCUCCUACAUCGGUCGCUGGUCGGUCGAAGAGCCCAAGGUCUACCGCGGUCUCUCGGGCGACAAGGGCCUCGUCGUCAAAGACAAGGCCGCGCACCACGCCAUCUCUGCCAAAUUCGCCGAGCCGAUCGACAACACCGAUAACACGCUCGUCGUCCAGUACGAGGUCAAGCUCCAGAACGGCCUCGACUGCGGUGGCGCGUACCUCAAGCUGCUGACCGAUGAAGCCAACCUGCACGAGGAAGAGUUCUCCGACAAGACCUCCUACCAGAUCAUGUUUGGUCCCGACCGCUGUGGCUCGACAAACAAAGUCCACUUCAUCGUCCGCCGCAAGAGCCCCAUCACCGGCGAGUACGAGGAGAAGCAUCUCAUCGGCGCUCCCCACAUGAUCACCGACAAGCUCACCAACCUCUACACCUUGAUCGUCAAGCCCGACCAGACCUACGAGAUCCGCAUCAACGGCGACAUCAAGAAGUACGGCUCGCUGAUCGACUCGCAGGACUUUGAUCCCGCGUUCGAACCCCCCACCACGAUCCCUGAUCCGGAUGACGUCAAGCCUGAAGACUGGGUCGACCUCGAGACCAUCCCUGAUCCCGACCAGGCCGUCAAGCCCGAGGACUGGGACGAGGACGCGCCGCUCUUGAUCCCUGAUCCUGACGCGGUCAAGCCCGACGACUGGGACGAGUCGAUCGAGGAGUACAUUCCCGAUCCCGAGGCCGAGAAGCCCGACGACUGGGACGAUGAGGAGGACGGAGAGUGGAUCGCGCCUGUUGUGCCCAACCCCGAGUGCGAGGACCACGGAUGCGGACCCUGGGAGGCUCCUCUGGUCGAUAACCCGGAAUACAAGGGCAAGUGGGUUCAGCCCAAGAUCCCCAACCCCGAGUACAAGGGCCCCUGGGCGCCGCGCGACAUCCCCAACCCGGAUUACUACGAAGACAAGACACCGUCGAACCUCGAGCCCAUUGGCGCGAUCGGCUUUGAGCUGUGGACCAUGUCGAACGAGAUCCUGUUUGACAACAUCUACGUCGGCCACUCGAUCGAGGAGGCAGAGAAGAUCGGAAACGCGACUUACAGCGAGAAAGUCAUCUACGAAAUCAAGGAGGAGGAAUCGAGCCGGCCAAAGGUCGCCGAGCCCGACGCGCCCAAGUCGAUGUGGGAGCUCUUCAAGGCCGACCCGAUCAACUACUCGCUCUACCAGUCCGAGCUCUUCUUCACUUUCUUCAAGCGCGACCCCGUGUUUGCCGUCAAGCAGUACCCCGAGACCGCUGCCGCUCUCGGCGCCGUCUUUGUUACCAUCCUCGCUCUUGUCUUUGGCUCUAUUCUCUCGCUCGUCGGUGCUUCCAAGAAGGCCUCCGCCCCUGCUACUCCUGCGCCUACUCCUGCGGCAGCUAAGCCGGCCGAGGAGGUCGAGGGUAGCAGCAGUAGCGCUGCGGGAGAGACUGAGGCGAAGAAGCGGUCGGCGAAGAACUAA